UUACUCAUUGAUUACUUUCUGCCUAAUAUGGGAUAUAUUAGGCAGAAAGUAAUCAAUGAGUAAAAUGAGAGGUGCCACUGUAAUGACAGGUGCCACUGUAAUGAGAUAAUCAGUGUUAUUAACUUCACCUGUCAGUGGUUUUAAUAUGAUUUGAACUAAUUGUAUGCUAUUUUGUUACAGUAGCACAUUCUAUGUGUGCGUUAUAAAUAUAUAAAAUAUAAAAAUAACCAAGACAAUAUUAUAACAUUAUGAAAAAAAACCCACAUUUUUCCUAAGCGAAGAUUUUUGAGGUCAAAUUUAUGUUUAAUGAUAACCACAACCCCUUAUAUAUGAAUUAAGUCAUAUUAUUUUUAUCAAGCAAUUCCACUGCAAGGGGUGAACACAAGUUUUACCUUUCACUUACCAGGUCAACUUCAUACUUCAAACUGCCCCAAUUUAGGCUACUUUAUGUCCCAGUAUGCACCUGAGUUCAUCCUAUUCAUAUAGGUUCAUUUAAAACAAAUAAAUACAGAUGUGUUGUUGUAUUACACUCAAUAGGAACACCUGUACACAUGCUCAUUCAUGCAGUUAUGCAAUCAGACAAUGAUUUAGCAGCAACUCAGUGCAUCAAAUCAUGAAGCUCACGCGCUGCUGCCACACGAUUGGCUGAUUGGAUAAUUGGAUGAAUGAACAGGUGCACAGCUGUUCCUAUUAAAAUGGCCGGUGAAUGUAUUUCGAUGCUGUGAAUACCAUGAUUUUUCACAUUCAAGUUUUAAGUCUCGACCGAACAACAAGGCACUUCAGAAAAGCAUGCUGAUUCACAUUUGCUUAGCCUAACAGAAAUUCCACUCUCUAGUAUGAACGCAACACUGCACGGCUUCCGUAUUUCCACCACGCAAUGACAGCAUGAACUGACUGAUGUGAACGGUCUGGUGUCCGUUUGCUCUACUAUUCACUCCUUUAAAUUAGCCGGGUGCGUAUAGUCUUUCAUGAAUGAACCCACGUGACCAAACAUCAUAUGACGUCUGGCGUCGAAACAAGAGAAAGGGAAAGCAGCAAGAGGGACAACAACGGGUCUCCAUAAAAAAAAAAAACAAAAGAAAGAAAGAAAGAAAGAAGAAGAAAAAAAGACAAGACAACACAUCAUAUGCACGCGCUUGGCAUCCCGAGCGGACCCGGUGUCUCCCAUUUCUCCCCAGAGCCGGGAGUCAGACUACUGGAGCAUCUUCUCUCACGCGGGUGAGUCAAACCAAGUCGCACAUCGAAAGAAGAAGCAGAAGAAGACGCGGCGCAUUGUUAACUGCUGAGUGUGCACGCGCGCUGCCGUCUAUACCCAGCUGCCGCGCGCGCGUUCCACCUGCUUCACUAAAUGUAGCUGAUUCAUCCCUAAACGAAGCGCUUCCGUUUGGAAGCGACAGGAUUUACGGAGCUGGGUACUGUAGCAGUUGCAGGAGGUUGCGGGGGAUUCCCUUUAUCCAUUCGUUCAGCGCGAGCGGGCGGGAGGCGGCGAAGUGCAUCUGCUCUGGAAUCGAAAUCACGAGCGUGUGUAGUGACAGCUAGGGGGCUCGUGGUCGAGAGAAAUGUGUAACCGGAUCGGCGCGUUAGUUUGCUAGCUCAUGCACACGCGCAGCACACGAGCGCUGCUGUUUCAUCAAAUCCAAUCGACGCUCCUGUUUAUAAAGAGCGCCAUCAGACAGUCUUCCAGGAUAGUCAAGUGUGGCUCUCGUGGCAUGACUACUACAAGUAAGGGAAACAAAGCCCUGAAGGCAAGUGUCAAUAGUUUAUUUAUGCUCUCUGUUUUUGUGUUAUAUUUGAUUUGUCUGGUUUUUGGUUUUCCAUCUCUCCUACCUUAUUCAUUUGGACUUUUCUUUCUCCUCACCUCUCCUAAGGUGAAGCGGGAGCCAGGUGAGAAUGGCACGAGCCUUACAGACGAUGAGCUAGUGUCGAUGUCAGUGCGUGAGCUGAACCAACACCUGCGCGGCCUAUCCAAGGAGGAGAUUGCGCAACUAAAGCAGCGGCGGCGCACACUAAAGAACCGUGGCUAUGCCGCCAGCUGUCGCGUCAAGCGCGUCACACAGAAGGAAGAACUGGAGAAGCAAAAAGCUGAGCUGCAGCAAGAGGUGGAGAAACUCGCUUCUGAGAAUGCCAGCAUGAAGGUAGAGCUAGACGUGCUGCGCUCCAAGUAUGAGGCACUGCAAAGCUUCGCCAGGACUGUGGCACGCAGCCCUGUACCAGCUGCCAGGGGCGCAAUCACGCCAAUCAUCGUACCAGGCAAGGUGGCCGCCACGAGUGUCAUCACCAUCGUCAAGUCCAAAACGGAGGCACGCUCGUAAUGCACAAUGCCUUUGGUCAGUGAAUCAUUAUCAAGCACAGAUCUGCAACAUCUGCUUUAAACAAUACAGCAGUUAAAUAUGCUCUGCCUAGCAGUGUGCUUAUUAAGAUGGCACUUAUGGUGAAUUUUGGUCGUUAAACUCCAUUAAGGCCUUUCUGGUUUUGCAUAACUGUGUGGUUUUUUUGUUUGUUUGGUUUUUUUUUUUUUUUUACAUUAGCCUCAAGUCUAAUACAUUCCCAGAUUUAGCACAACCUUCUAUGCACCAUAGUAGGGAUUAUUAGCCCAUGAUACAAAAAUAACGCAAAAGGCAGCGCAAUCAUGUCUAUGUAGUUCAGUAAAACUGCGUACACUGUCAUAGCCUUCACAAAUUUAAAGCAAGACAUGUCUUACUACAUGCAAAUUUUUAUAUUUUAGGUAAGAUUUAUUUCAGUGAAUGUCUCAGUACAUACACCUGACAAACCUGAUUCUGUCCUCAGUGCUCAAUUAGCUGAUUCAGGUGUGAAAGGGCAAGCCAAUUUGGGACUUGGCACAGGUUAAACAUGUGCUGCGGAACAAUGCAGUCCAACACAGUUACCACUGAAUUUGGUUUGCACCAUAUUUGCGACAUUGCACUAAGAGUUUUGUGUAUUGAUAUUUAGCAACCUGGUAUUUCCUUGGUAUUAAUAGGGAAAAUAUUAGAUUAACAUUGUUUUCAUUUUUCAGAUUCCUGUGCUUGAUAUUCUCCACUGACCACCUCUCAGAUGGGCUAGAAAGGCCAUCAUGGUCUUGAAAGGGAUGAUGAAAUCUAUCGACAGAAAGUGUCAGCAUUAAAAAAAAUAAAAAAUAAAAAAAUAAAUUGUGCUUAUCUUAAAAAUGAGCCAAUUAUGGGGGUUAAUAGUAUUCGGACAUUGCAGUUGCCGAGUCAAAACUUGAUUUGUUUGUGGGUGAAAUUCGAAUACUAAAUUGCAAUUAGAAAUAAAAAAAAAUUAUUCUGCCGAAGUAUUUUUAAUUCAGUCAAAGUAUUUAUCAAUAGUAAAUUGAACUUACAUUUACAUUAAACAGCUCUGCUCAAAUUGAUGUCAUUUGGAAAACCAAAUGAAGGAAUUCUGUAUUAAAAUCUGGAAAUGUACUGUUCCAAUUAUAGAUUGGCUGGGAAAUUGGGAUGAAAGGGGUAGGUUAGCUUUGCAUAUAUUCUCUGUAAUGAUGUUAAUGCUAACAUUUUGGCACUCAGUCAGUGUAAUAGGAUGAAAACCAUGAACUCUCAUUUUUGGCUUUAAAACAAUGUUGGGGGAAAUAUCAAAUUUAUACAAAUUUUCUACUUAUUCUAGACAUAGCCAAUCAGCCAAGACAUGUUUGGUAUCCAAAUUUUGCUUCCUUAUUUUUGUUCUGGUGCUACAUCGCUAGUCUGUGACCACCCAUUUGCAUCAUGCAAACUCUAGCUGGAAUUAUUACACACUUGUCUGAAACAGUCAGUUAAAAUAAUACUAACUGUAACUGUACAUAAAUGGUUAAAGAAUGGUGACAGUAUGCAUGAGUCACUUCAAGAUUUUAUGCAUAUAAAUUAAAUCUAUUUCUUUAAAAUGGCUGCUAGUUUUCAGUUGUAUGUAUCAUACAGUUAUGUUAUCAUAUGGCAUCAUAACCGUAUGCAUCACAAUUUUCCUUUUUAGAGAAUUCCUAUAUUUUAUCAAUACAAUGUUAGACAAUAGUAAUCUCAAAAAGCCUUAAAUUGCAGAUUGACAUAGUUUGAGGCCAGAUUUUACCAUGCAGUUUGUAUGAUGCCUAGAUUACAAAUCAGAUUAGAGGCCAGAGGCUUGUUAGAUGGCCUCGUGUUAGCCUCAUGUUGGCUAUAGUGCAAAACCAGAAGAGCUAAAAAAUGUGGACAACAGACCUGUUCUGGCUGGUUAGCAAUGUUUUAUAGGCAGAGCAUUUGUGUCAAUUUGAAUUCUCCCCCAAAACUAUUCCUUAAUAGAUGAAAGUUUGGUGUUCCAUGCCAUGCCAACACAUCAAAAAAAAAAAACUGUUAGUUUUUGUGCUCUGUUUUGUUUAAUUCCAUUUGUGGAAUGAUGUUUACAAGUUAUAUUCUGAUGAAUAUGACAAGGAGAGGCAAUAAACUACCGUAUUUAUGCAUGGAAAAGGAGAAAUCCGGUAACUGUCUCCGAGGGUGAUGUUCACCUUUCAUAGACACAAGUUAUAUCACGUUUGUUAUGAGGGAGCCUGUCCAUAGAACAUAGCAAACUCCUUCCUUGUUUGACUGAGUUAUGUUUUAUGUGUUUUUAAAAAUGGUUUGAUGUAGAAGUUCAUUGGCAAAUGUGAAGUAUCGAGUGGUUUAGUUUUGUUCGACAUUCUAGAGCUUAAUGCUGUGGAUGGACUGGCCAUAGUUGCCUAAACACAAAUCCACACAAGCUUUAUUGUUUACUUAUUAUUAGCAAGUGUUCUUUGAUGUCUUUGUCCGGCUAAAGUUUUAGCUCAAUAUUUGUUAUUUUCUGGUAAGAAAAUGUUUUGUUAUUUAUAACAGAGGUGUCCAGCUCAUGUCCUGGAAGGUUAGAGUUCAGCACAGUUUGGUCAUUUUCCUCUGCACUAACACACCUAUUUGUCAUGGUAAAAGGAGAUUGUCAUCAGGUGUCUUUGAGCAUGAAAAUAACAACUAAACUGUAUGCUGGCCUUUUGACCAGUUGACUUGGGCACCCCUAAUUUAUAGGGAAAAAAAAUAUCUGGGAAAAAUACAAACCUUGAACUUGUUUGAUAUUGACUUUGCAAUUGUACCAAAAGUGGCUUAUUAUUGAAGUCUGAUAGCUUUUCUAGUGACUAGGCGCGUGGCGUGCUGUGAAAGUGAUCAGGUGGCAGUGUCGUCCACUCUAUUGGUGUCAUUCUGUACUAUUUACAUGAAUAUAUUUAGAAAAAUUUGUAGAAGAAAGGCAAUGUAUAGAAGACAGUUAACCAUCCAUUUCGGUCCCUUCCAUAUAACAGAUGCAGGUUUUUUUAACACCAUCUCAAUUUUGUUGCACAGUGCAGAACUGAAUUCUUCCGCUUCUGUGGUCUCUCCCAAAUAACGGACUUCCAUAACGCAAGAUGUUGUUAAAGGUGCUAUCCAGGACAAAUGUUAAGCAAGAUAUUUCAUAACUUUGGCAAGGCACUUUCCAAACACAUAUUUGGGUUAAAUUAAUAAGAACUUCUUUAUAAUCAUUGGAUUCUUCGCUGCUAUAUCCGAACUAUAGCCUGGUUGUUAUUCAGCAGCAAAGUUCAAUUAAAUAUAUUGUUCUAUCCUUUUUCCUGAUUGGCUACUCAUUGUGGUGCCCACAUCUGCCUGAUAAUCAUACAGUGUGACAUACUGUAUGAUGAUCUUUGGGUGAAACAAAUAACUCUGUGUAUGUCACAUUGUAUUUGCACUGUCUGUUAAGUGCAUAUUGCAAAUAUUAACAAUUAAUUGAUGAAUAUUGCAGACAGUGUAACUCCAAAACUGAAGCUGAACCAUAGUUACUGCAAAAGUAUGGUUAGGUUUGUAUAUAUAUAUAAGUAAAUCUCAGCAAAGCAUUUACUUUGCUUAUUUCCAUUAUAUUAUUACAUAACCUAUGUCAGAUUGAACAUGGCAGUGAGGUGUUUUACACGACAGGUGCAGCAUAGUACUUUCAUAAGCAUAUAGAAUGAUUAUGUUGGAUGUAAAUUGACUGUUUUCAUCAUUUAGUUAAAUAAAAUGCACUGUUGAGACCGGUAUAUUUGCUCAGGACAAAAAAAAGCAUCUUCCAACUGGGGGUGAAAGGGUGGCAUGUUAGUGCAGAGGGUAGUGUUGCUGCUUCACAGCUCUAGGGUCAUUGGUUCAAUCCUAAGAUUGGGUUACUGUGUAGAGGUUCUCCCACAUGGGUUUCCUCCAGGUUCUCCCAGGUGUAGACAAAUGAUAAAUUCAUUAGCUAACCAGGCAAGUGAACACUCCAAUAUGCAAAACAAAUCAGCAAGUUGUUGGCCAACUUUUCGACUAGAAAGUCUGGGGUUCUGUCCUUGCACUGCACGGAAUAUGUUUCCCUUCAAGGUGACUCUUACCUAUAUACUAAGUACGACUUAUAUAACAGCUUUACGCUGGAUUAUAUAUUUUUUUCUCGGCUUUGGUAGUGGUUCCACAUAUCUUCGUGUUCCUGAUCCUGAUCUUUCAUCUGUGCAGACUAAUUAAUCCACCUAGCAAAAAUCGUUCUUCUGUCAACCAGAUCCUGCCUUCGCUGAGCAUCAAGGUGUUUUGCCCCACAAUGAAGAGCAUUUGGUUUAAACAGACUCACCAAAACAACAACUUUUGUUUUGCAAAUCAUUAAGGAGUAGGGUGUUUUUUUCCACUUAUUGUGGUUGUUGAUCCAACUUAUCCACUGUUCCCCUAAUAAUAAAAACGAAUAGAUGGACAUGAAAUCUGCUAGUCUGGGGGUGCUCGGGCUAUUGAUUUGUCCACCCCUGUUUCCGGUUUCCUUUGACCUCCAAACAAAAUGGUGGUAGGUGGAUUGGCUAGACCAAAUUGCCCGUAGGUGUGAAUUAGUGUGUGAACAUGUGUUUAUUCCCGCCUGAUGCGCAGUGUUCCCAGUAUAGGCUCUGGAUCCACCGUGACCCUGACCAGGAUGAACUUGGAACAGUAAGGUACAGUUUAGUGGCAAGUUCAUUACUCCGGCACUGGUGCACAGUCUGACAGUCCUUACUCCUGUUUUUCUUUUUAAUAGUUAGUUGUCAAACACAGUAGUUGGCCAAGAAGUUCAAAUGUUUUGCACUUUGUGAUUCCUGGUACUGUAGGUAGGCCUGAAUGCUAACUUGUGGAACUGAGCACCAAUGUAAUAUCACAGUUAUUGUAUUGAUUAGUAUGGAUGUGACCAGUAUCAUGGUUUUCAAUAAGGAAAUGAAAGAGAUGGCAGUUAUAAAACAGCCUACUUUUUAAACAUUAAACCUGCCAGUGGAAAAUUUAAGAAAAACACAUUUCUGCUUUCUUUUAAUAACCCGAACAGGCAACAGCUUAGCAAGUACUCUUAACAAGAUUUUAAAAAAUUAUAAUAAAAAAAUAAUAAUAAAAUUUAGCAGUUAUGCUAACAAAAUACUGUGGUUACAUGGUACUGUCUAGGUCUUCUAUGAAAAUACCAUUUUACACCAAAAUACUUGGAUGCUGGGUUAUCAUGCAGUGAAUUUCUCAUACCCAUUCAAUUUUAAGCUAGUGUGAAUUUUCCAUUUAGAUUCCAGUUUUUGGGGGAAAAAACAAACAAAAAAAAAACAUUUCAGGCUUUCAUCAGGAGUUUCUUGUGCGUUUACUGCAUAUAGGCCUCCUCUGUGGUGUUAAAUGGAGUUCUUGGACAAAUGCCCCACUUUAUCCUUUUGUGGACAUAAAUUAUUGAUCUGAGCUAUUUCACAUAGUCCGGAGUCCGUGAUAGUUAUCAUAAUAGAGCAAUUGUAGGAUCGACAGGAGGAGGGAGUGAUAUCACACUGAGCUGAGUAUUGAAUGAUAAAGGACUGUCAGUUUUUGUGCUUUGGUUAACAGCAUCAGGAAUAUAGCUUUUUGUCAGUCCAAAAUUGGCAUGUCUAACAGCUCUGUGGGAGGCCUUGUCAUUUUAUACAUAGAUCACACUAUGCAUCCAGGAUAGCCUUUAAUCCCUGCCAUUGUCUUACCAGAGAUUCAGAGGUCCACUCACUUUAUCAGCACUUAUGUGACAAAAUCUAUUAGCUUUAGGCUUUGUUCAUCAUGUUCUUUGUUUGUUGAGCAGGUUCAAACACCAGGUUCAUAUAUGACUCUGAAUAGUUUGUUGUCUCAAAAUUGUUAAUCAGAAAAAAGCUAUGAAAUGUGAGGUGGUAAUCGGUGAAUAGAAUGUGCUGUUUUGGAUAUAUAUAUGAGUACUUUGUACGAAAUACAGUAACAAAAUGGGUGAACUGUAACUUUAUUAAUUAAAUUAUUGUACUUUUUUGCAAUCUGUACAUACAAAAGUGAUGAUGUAUUAAUAUAUAUAUUCAUAUAUAAGAACUGUGGAUUUUAACCAUGCAGAUAGUCUUUCUUGGGUUUGACUAAGUUAUUGAUGUACUGUUGUAUAUAUUGUAUGUUUGGUGAUAUACAGCUUCCUUUAUUUUAUAUAUGAUCAAUAAAAAGGUUUUGAGA